GUUUGCUCUUUGUUGUGUAGAAAUUGUUGUAAACAAAUGGACAGGUCUCAACGUUUGAAAAGAUAUUUAUCUCAUUUCGCAAAAUUAUUCAAACGUUAAAGCGCAGAGAAUGAAGUGAAAGUUUGAUAUUCCCAUGACAUAUUUGAGAUGGGGAAGCCAGGUAACAGUAUAUCCACUCUGCGAAAAAGGAGGAAAACAAGAGGUGACCAUGACAGUUCUGCUCCACCAGUAAAAAGAAUUGUUUCCACUAUUGUUGAAGAAGAAGAAAUCAGUGAGCUCCCAUUAGCUGAUGGCCCAAGGACAUUCUCCAUGUUACAGAGAGCUAUUUCUUCUAAGAAAACACUUUUUACAGGUCUGUUGCUGUUCAGGAUAUUUAAUGCGACCCUGGUGCAGACGUACUUUGUUCCUGACGAAUAUUAUCAGUCAGUGGAGGUGGCACACAACAUGGUCUUUGGUUAUGGUCUCUUGACUUGGGAAUGGAAGGAAGGUCUGCGAGGCUACACUUACCCACUCAUCUUUGCUGCUUUGUACAAAGUUUUGGCACUCUUUCAUUUGGACCAUAGGUCGCUCUUAAUAAAGCUCCCCAGGUUACUACAAGCUGUAUUUGCUGCCAUUGGUGACUACCAUCUGUUCAAACUUUCCAAUCAUCUGUGUGAUAAAGCCACAGCACAGUGGGCUCUGCUGUCACAACUCCUGUCCUGGUUCACAUUUUACUGCUGUACUCGUACCCUGACCAACUCUGCCGAGGCUGUACUGACCACUGUGGCAUUGUCCCACUACCCAUGGCCCGGGCGAAUAAGUCCACCAUUAUGGAAGUUUGUGAGCUUGGUGGUAGCAGCAGUGAUCAUCCGCCCAACUGCUGCCAUCAUGUGGGUGCCCAUGGUUGCCUGGCAUCUGUGGAGGAAACAACAAUCUCUAGUUGAUGUUUUGAAAACCUACAUAUUAGUGGGGGUCUGUGGUCUAGGCUUGUCUCUUUUGAUAGAUGGCAACUUCUACGGCAAGUGGACUAUGGUGCAAUACAAUUUUCUCCAGUUUAAUGUCAUUAACAAUAUGGGGUCCUUCUAUGGCUCUCAUCCCUUUCAUUGGUACUUCACUCAAGGGUUUCCUGCCAUUAUUGGACCACAUAUUGUACCUUUUGUGAUAGGGGUAUGGAAGGCCAGAGAUAAACGACUGUUUUAUUUGUUACUCUGGACAUUAAUUAUUUAUAGCUUCCUUUCCCACAAGGAGUUCCGGUUCAUCUAUCCAGUAUUACCCCUUGCUAUGCACUAUUGUGGAAUAUGCCUGCACCAGCUCUGCCUGCCAGUGGUACUUAAAUCUCGAAAAGAAAAGAAAAAGAAGGUGAAAGCGCAGGCAAAUAAAGAAGCUGCAGAAAAAGCAAAAAUGGAUCCCAAUUCUUUUCUUGCCAAAGACGUAUCUGAUUUAUCAAUAGGGGAGAAUGAGGGUGGGACUGCUGCAGUAAUGGAAGACACUAGUACUGGAUAUAGCAGUACAGGAUAUAGUAGUAGGGAUGAUAGUGAUAUUGGAAUGGGAAGCAAACUGAGGAAGGAAGAGGAGGAGAGAGCAGAAAAAUCUAACAAAGAGGAAUCUGUGGGAAAAACCAGACCAGAAACUUCUGGAGAUGAAGUAAAAUCGAUAGAUGAUAAACAUAUAUGCAGAGAUUCUGAAAAGAAUGGUGCAAAUUCUGUAGAGCCAUACUCAGAGGAGGAACCAGCAAAGCUUGGUAGUGGUACUCACAAAAAAGGUCCCACCAGAGCUCACAUUGCUAAGGCAAUCACUUUAUUCCUGUUGGUCUUUAAUCUGCCUAUAGCCCUGUACACUGGGCUGAUACACCAGAAAGGAACCGUGGAUGUUAUGAAGUUUGUGUAUGAUUCCUCCAGAAAAGUGGACCACCUGGAUGCCCUAUUCUUGAUGCCCUGUCAUUCCACACCAUUCUACAGCUACAUACAUGGAAAUGUGACCUUGAAUUUUCUCACCUGUGAGCCCAACCUGCAAAACAUUCCCAACUACCUUGAUGAAGCCGAUAUAUUUUAUCAGAACCCGAAGGAGUGGUGGAAAACAGAAUAUCUUGACAAAAACUCCUCUUUACCCACCCAUGUUGUGAUGUUCAGCGAGUUGCACCAGAAACUGGACGUGUUCUUAACAAGGCAGCAUUACAGAGACUGUGGGCGAUUUUUUCACACACAUUUUCCAGAAGGGAGAGUUUCGAGUCAUGUGAAUGUGAAAUGUAGGAAAUACUAACAUUUUUUCCCCAAGUACAAUGUCAGUUCUAUUAUUUUGGACACUUGAUUUACAAGUUUUGAAAUAUUUUAAUUGUUGGUAAUCUAGUCAUUUCUAUUUAUUUAUUUUUUCGUUAUGGUAUUUUUUUACACAAGUGAAUUUUUAUCUCCUUUCAUCAUGAAUUGCUUUAACAAUACUUCUUGGAUUUUUUUUAGUAUAGGUCUUUGUGUAAUAUUUUGUAGUUUUUAAUCAGGGUAAAAUUACAAGAGUUGUGGAUUCUUAGCUUGGAUUGGAUAAUGUUUUUUUGAACUUUGCAAAACCUGCAGUAAAAUUUCACAUGAAUGCAAUCUGGAUUUCCCCAAUUU